GAACCGGGAACGGACUGAAACGGCGAAUACCGUUGCGUUUCUAUGACGUCAUAAAAUUUUGACCAAUCAACUUUUUAACCGUUCUGUCCUUUGGAAGAUUGCACGCCAGCAGUGUAGAGUGCAAAAAUGGCCAAAUCGACAGAGAAGCCGGCUCAGAGAAAGAGCCUUUUCCCAACUCCAUUCAAAACGCUUCAGUGCAGUUCAGGGGGCAAAGAUGAAUACAGCUGUGAGUUUGGAUCAAGAAAAUUUUAUGCACUAUGUGGCUUUGGUGGAAUUCUCAGUUGUGGCAUAACACACACAGCUGUUGUGCCUCUUGAUUUGGUCAAAUGUAGAAUUCAAGUAGAUCCAGCAAAAUACAAAAAUAUUGUACAUGGCUUCAAGCUCACUAUUGCUGAAGGUGGUAUGAGAGGUCUGGGGCUUGGAUGGGCACCAACCUUCAUUGGCUAUUCUAUGCAAGGCCUGUGUAAAUUUGGAUUUUAUGAGGUCUUCAAGAAUCUUUACUCUGGACUCUUAGGAGAGGAAAAUGCAUACUUAUGGCGAACCUCUCUAUACUUGGCUGCCAGUGCUUCAGCCGAGUUCUUUGCUGAUAUUGCGUUGUGUCCUAUGGAGUCGGUCAAGGUGAGAAUUCAGACCAAACCAGGAUGGAGUAAAACAUUACGGGAAGGUGCACCGAGAAUCAUGAGGGAAGAAGGCAUGAAUGGGUUUUACAAAGGCAUUGUCCCAUUAUGGAGCCGACAGAUUCCGUACACAAUGAUGAAGUUUGCCUGCUUUGAGAGAACUGUAGAAGCUUUGUACAAAUAUGUUGUGCCAAAACCAAGGGCAGAAUGCACCAAAGGAGAACAACUUGUUGUUACAUUUAUGGCUGGAUAUAUUGCUGGAGUAUUCUGUGCUAUUGUGUCACAUCCUGCUGAUACCAUUGUAUCCAAGUUGAACACAGAUGCAGGCAGCAACUUCGUAGAUGCAGCAAAGUCCCUCGGACUCAAAGGUAUGUGGAAGGGUCUGUUCCCCAGAAUUAUCAUGAUUGGUACACUGACCGCCCUGCAGUGGUUUAUCUACGACUCUGUGAAGGUCUUCUUCCGUUUGCCACGCCCACCACCGCCGGAGAUGCCAGAAAGUCUGAAGAAAAAGCUUGGCAUCACCAAUUAAUGACAGUCUAACAUAGGAUAUAAUAAAUUGAUAUUUGAAUUAAACCGUGACAGAAAUAUUUUGAAACCUAUUGCUGAUGCAGACAGUUUGAAAUGAAAUCAAAAAGUAUGUAAAAAAAAACUUGUUUGAUAGAACAGUGUUUUGAACAAAAAAGAAAAAAUCACAAGACUUAACGUGUUUGUGUUUCUGAAUUAAUAUACUAAAAGUGGUUAACGCGAUGAUAAUGCCCAAUUGUACAGGUGUUUAAGAGUUUUUUGAUUGCCUAAAUUGAUCAUACAUGUUUACAUUUAUGACCUCCACGCUGGUAUCGUAUUAAAAGGUUUCAGGAAAAGUUUCCGGCAUGUAUCGUGUGAUAUUUUUGUGGUGUAUAUAAUAUUUAUAAUGCUUGAAAUUUUUAAUGACAAAAAGUUAUUAAAUUGAGUUGUUUAAUAAUAGACCAGAUCUGUGAGUUAA